AUUGCCCUUUAUUCCGUUCAACUAUCAGCAUGUUAAAUUAUCCCAAAAAAAUAUAUAAAAAUCGUUUUUAAAAUCGCAAAAAAAGUAAAAAAUUCCAAUUAGACCAGAGUUCGAUCCAAUCAUUUUUAGUUUCCGGAAAAGUCAAAAUUUUAUGUAAGCGCAAUGUCUCAGGAUAUGUCGACAUACUUUAGCGGGGUGCGCCGCUAUCUGCCGGAACAUAACCCAAGGAACAGGAUUGCUGGUAAGCCUGGUAAGCCUGGAAUACCACCAAGUGGAGCAACAGCCAGAGCAGUUGGACCUGCCUUGGCGGCCAGUCGCAACCGACGGCUACAAAAUGGGGCAGAAGUAGGAGCAGCAGCUGGAUCCAAGGCUCCCUUUGAUCGCCGCAGACCUAUGACAACAAGGUUAACUGGUGGCGGUCCCGGUCCCGGUCCCACCGGUAUCUUUCCGUCCACCACCAGCCCACUGCGACGACAACAAACUGGAUCGAUGGCUUCGUCGAGGAUGGCACUGGGGUCUUCCCGUCGCCUCAGAGAGGUUGAGUGGAUCAUGAAGCCCUCGAAAGACUUUAUACAAUGCAGCGAGUCUUCCUCAGAAGAAGGUUUUCCGAAUACAAAAUCAGAGAUGCAAGAGUCCCAGGACAAGACAUGGCGACAGAAGGAUGGCAGGAGCAGUGGGAGCAGCAGCUGCAGCGGUGGCAGCGAAGGCAGCAGCAGCAGCAGGGAGCGCCUGAAAUCUGUGCCUCCAAAGCAGCAUCUGCUGAGUCUGCUCAAAUCCUCCUACCAGGCGGCGCAGGCGAAGAAGCAGAUGCGGACCAAGAAGCGAUCCUCGCGUGUCUUUUGUGUACCCAACCAAAGGAUUUUACACGCCGAGGAGCUGUUGCAGGCCCAGAUGCUGCAAAUGAAUCCGCGAAAGGUCAAAUCGCCUAAUCGUUACUGCCAUUGUCCGACGCCCACUCCAACCCCUCUUGAGGAUUCGCCCAGCAAGUGCUCUAAUCACGUUUCUCUCAGUCGAAAGGCUUCCGAGAAAGUCCUGGUACACGACAGCACGUCCAUCACCCUGAUCCAGCCCGAAAAUCCUUACAUAGAGACACCAACUGGCCUCAUGUCUUGCUCUCCCUCACCCAUCGCUAGUGCCAAGUCCAGUCGAACCCAAGUCCAGCAACCAAACAGCAGCGUCAAACUGUGUUCCGUUGAGAAGUCUCCCAGUUCGAGUUCCAGUUCGUCACCCAGCCAGAUUCCCAUUCCCAGCCUGCCGAAGCCAACCACAAGGAGCAACAGCAGCAACAACAGUAGCCUCAGCUCCAGCGGCACCGAGUGCAGUGCCGAGCGUGUAGUCCAGAGAUAUCGCGGCACCUCUGGCGGCCCCAAGGCCAUUAAGCUGACUUCGACGGUGAUUAAGAUUAUGGCCGACAAGCCAAAGGCUUCACAACGGACCGGCAAAGGAAAAGUUGGGCAGCAGUCCAGAAUCAAGCUUCGGUCCAAGACAACAUUCAAGAAUCCGGCCAUUAACCAGGCCAUGAAUGCACCCAUGCCCCAGUCGAUUGCGCCGCCCAAGGUUAAGGUGUCCAUGCCAACAGGCAAUCAGUCGGUCAACCAAGUGGUGAACCAACUGACGGACCAGCUGAAGAAGGCGGUGGGAGAGGCAGCCAAGAGGGAUCUAGGAAAGGCUACUCCGGAUCAAGGUGCAAAGAAACUGGAGAGGAAAACUUCAAUCUAUUUGCUCAUGGAUCAAGCCAAGCCGGAUCAAACCAAGGCCAGAGAUGAGCCAUCUUCAUCGACCAAGAACGACUGGGUAAUUCAGCCAAUGGAGCAGCAGAUUAUUAACGCCGCCACGGAUCAGCCAAUAAAGGAUCAAAGAACUCCAUCGGGCAGUGAGCGUGCGAAUCCCUAUAUAAAUGACUCUAAGGUUGCAGUUGGGCACAACUACAAUAUCUAUUUGAAUACGCCAAGGGAUCGAGGGCCGUUGAGAGGGGAUCCUAUCAUCAGUCGUUACAAUACAGAUCCAAGGACUCAAGCACAGCAAUCGAUGAUUUCAUCUCAAGGAAACCGAGCAGGGAAGGACUCUCUGAGCACUAUAUCCCAACACUCUCUAAAGCCCAACAGCAGGAAUGUCGUCCAUAAUCGGACCAAACGUCAGCAGAGAAGUCCCUACCUCCUGCCCUCUGAGCGCUCUCUGCGAAAUCAUCAACCGGUGUCAGUGAAUAGAAUCCCAGAGCGAUCACGUCUUCCAGUAGUUCCUACGCUACAAGAGCAACCAAAGCAGGUGCAGCAGCAGAUUGAGGUGAUCAAUGGAGCCGCAGGCAAGAUUGUGAAAAAGGCCCAGCACAAGGUGCCAAGGACCAUGGAAGAUGGCAUUGAUAUGAGCUAUCAGUACUUUGUUUCUAUUCCACUAACACGCGGCCGGAAGCCGCAGGUUGUUCGCUACUUAUACCGUCCAAUGGUUCGCAAUCUCAAUGGGCCUAACCCCGGUCGCCGCUCCUCAAAGCGUGCCAAGCGCCGAAAAAGUGCUGCCGCCAAGGCCGCCAAAAAUGCCAAAGCUCCUGUUGUCGUCAUUGAGGCACAGCAGCAACAGCAAGAGCCUGAGAAGUUAGAUCCCGAACUUGUGGCCUUGGGCGGUGCACCGCUUCCAUUGGAGAACCCGCCCGUAGUCCAAGUGGAAACACCGGAGCCUAAGGAGAGUACAACUAUCAUUUUUGAUCCGGAAGUUGAUUUGAAUUCUCCAUACAAUGAGCCGCCGCUUAAGCUUAAAUCCUGCUACAUGCCCAUGCUGGAGGAGCUGGACCAGAUGCCUUUUCCCGACGAGCGGGUAAUUCGUCGACGUCGUGGCCGAUCACGAGCCGCCGGUGGCUCCGAACUGUCACCACCGCCGGAGUAUGAGUUCCAGCCAUUUGAGGGCAUCGGAGGAGGCGACGUUAUUGAUAACGAGAAAAAACAUCGCACGCCGGUAAUUGUCUGGAGCGGAAGAGCAGUGCCGUCAGUUCCGCAGAUCACGGUGGUCAACUAUGAGGCAAAGCCCACGCGUCUGCGCACAGCCACUGAGGCUCCGAUCUUGUAUCAUCAGCCACUGUUCCUUACCGUGAAGGAGGUGGAUUGCCAGCCAAUGAUUCGAACAUUCACUUACGAGACCAUCGAGGAGGAGGAGCAAGAGGAGUUUGAGAGGGAGCAACUGCAACUGCAACUAGAGAGGGAGCAACUGGAGAAAGAGCGGCUGGAGAGGGAGCUACUGGAGAAGGAGCAAAUGGAACUCAGAAUGGGGAAGGACCAACUGGAACUGGAACUGGAGAGGGAGAACAUGAAACUGAAACUAGAGAGAGAGCAACGGAUGAGGGAGCGACUGGCAAGGGAACAAAUGGAGAGUAUACAACUGGCAAAGGAGCAAAUGGACAGUAUGCAAUUGGAGGAGGAACGGCAGGAGCUGGAGGAGCUGGAGCAGGAGAACCAGCAACAACGUGAUCGAAUGGAUCAAAGAAAGCUAAUGGAAAUGGGUCUGAACAACCCCGUCAUGGUCAAGUCAGUGAGCUUCCAACCAGACACUGUCUUCGAAAGCAGAGGAUCGACAUCUGUACUCCAGAGCAACACCAGCAGUUCCAUCAGCAUUGUCGAAACCGAAACAAAGUCCAAGAAGCGCAAGGUUAAGAAGAGUAAUGCCAAAGGCAAGGAAAAGAACCGCAGCAAGGGCAAAGGCAAAGGCAAGGGCAAGGGCAAAGGCAAGGGCAAGGGCAAGGGCAAGGCCAAGGGCAAGGGUCGCAAAUGAAGGCUAUUCCUGAAGUGAGUCCUGUAUCGCACCACACACGCCUACGUUCUAUUUGGAUAUUAAUAUUAAUUUUCUUUGGG